AUGCUGUCUGCUCUUCGGUCCUAUCUUCUGCCGGCUGCCAGGCUGUACCUGCUGGGUUUGAAGGUCCUGUUGGUCCAGCUGUUCAGCGGACCGCUGAGGCUGCCAGUGAUGCCCAGACAAGAUGGCAAGGUUGCCAUAGUGACAGGAGGAGGCAGGGGAAUCGGCUAUGAGGUUGUCCGCCACAUGGCCAGACUGGGGGCGCAUGUUAUCAUAGGUGGGAGGGAUGAGCAGGAGGGUCUUGCAGCCGUCAGAAGGAUCUGUGAGCAGUACAAAGAGGCCAAAGUGGAGUUCAAGAAAUUGGACCUAGCCUCUUUGCAGUCUGUCCGUCAGUUCGCCCAGAGCUUCAAGGAGCGGGACCUGCCGCUAAACAUUCUGGUUAAUAAUGCGAGUGUAAUGCUGGUUCCUGAGGGCCGUACUGAGGAUGGAUUUGAGCAGCACUUUGGUGUAAACUACCUGGGCCACUUUCUGUUGACCUGGCUGCUCCUGGAUACGCUGAAGGAUUCUGGGAAAUGUGGUCACGUCUCCCGCGUGGUCAAUGUCUCGUCCUCGGCCCACCGCAUCGGGGAGAUCCGACUAAAUGACCUAAAUAGCUGCCAGCAUUAUUCAGCCCACGCUGCUUAUUGUCACAGUAAGCUGGCCCAGCUGCUGUUCAGUUCCCACCUCCACCAGGAGAUGCAGCAUGGAGGUUUCCCAGUGAGUUCGUGUGCCGUGGAUCCUGGCAUGGUGGAUACAUCUCUGUACCGCCACCUCUGGACACCUUUCCGUCUGGCACAAAGUGUCAUCGCUCGCCUGCUUUUCAGAACUCCUGCAGAGGGCGCUGCCACUGUGCUGUCCGCCGCUCUGUCUCCGGCCCUGGAGGGGGACUGUGGAGGAGGCUACUGGGCCGAUGGGCACAGGGAGAUGACUACACCGCUGACCCUCGACCCCCAGUUGCAGCUGAGCCUAUGGGAAAUCAGCCUCCAGUUGCUGGGCCUGCAGUAGCUCGGGACUAAAGGAUGACCAACAGGACUAAACCCAUUUGAAAACAUCAAACAAAGACCCUAAUCUCGGGGCCCACCAGCCACCUUCUCCCUUUUCUUUCUCAGUCUUUUUUCUCCGUCCAUACCUCACAUCAAGGCGUCGGUAGCAAUUGAGAGGGUCACGAUCCAUCGCUGGACUGUGAUUGGUUGUUCGGGGAGUGAAGACCUCCUUUUUUUUUUUUUCUCCAGACCUGCCAAAGAAGGGCUACAGGGGAUGGAAGACGUUUUUUUUGUUUUUCACUGUGAGCAAACAAACAAACAUAUAUGCACACGUAAAACCACAAUCUAGGGUUACAAUGAUGUGUCAUUUUGCCGUCGUAGAUACUAGCCAGUUAAUGAUACCGCCAUUCAGCCGUGAGUCAGAUAUCAGCUAGUGUAGUCCAUCUUCGAUUUGACGAAGCCGAUUCCCUGUUCAUAGCAAACCUAAGAUGUCCAAACAGUGAAUUUGGCGUGCUCAAAAAUCUGCAAUAACACAUGCCUCACUCUGCCUUAAUGUCAUUAGGCCGGCUUUCAGUAAAGUAUUUCAUUGUCCACAGUGAGCUAAAUGCUGCUUCAGAGGCUUCUCGAUACAAAAAACAAAACCCGAGACAAACAGUAAAAUGUGUUUUGGGAAUGGCUUAAUCCAAAUGCAGAAUUUUGGCAUGAUGUAUUGGCUGCAAAAUAACAUGUUGGUCAAACCCUAGCGUACACAGACACUCACACGCCAUGACAAUGAUCUGAUCUAACCCGCCUCGCCGCCGCGGCGGGGGAAUGUGAUGUCAUCAGUUUGCUUUGACACGUCACGAUGAAUUCUCAGAUCGUCUUGCCAUCCCGCCUGUUUUACUGGGAGCACUUUGGGUUUUCUUUGUUUGGUUUUUGGUACAUUCCUGUGCUUUUACUGCUGAACCCUCGUGUUACCUGCUGGUUGUAGCUGUGUGAUGAGCUGGUGAACAUCAACUCCUCUGUCCUCUCUCUCAACUGCACAGCAACCCAACAAAAGACAUUCCUGUGGACUGAAAGGGGGAUUUGGGAAGACACUGAAAACAGAGGAGAUAUACAAGUAGGCCUAAAUGUGGAAUAAUUCCCCCUCGACCUGGGACUGAUGAAACAUUUGGUUUUGUUGUUGGGAAUUUUCCUGCUGUUGUUUUCUCAACCCAGGAUUUCCAAAUGUUUUCUGGUUGCUUUUGUCUGCUCAGAAACAAAAAAAAAAAACGAAAGGAUGGGGAACCAACCUCCUCUUCAUUCUGUCACCGUUUUCCUUUGUGAUCUGUGUUAAUCGCUUUUGCUGUGUCUGUGAUACGUGUGUGUGUUUUAUGCACACGAGAUAAGAAUUAACUCAUGUAUAGACCCAAUUCAUGCUGAUGGAUAGCACAACAAUGGCUAGUCCUGGAGGAACGGCGAGGAGAACGCAAGAGAGCGAGAGAGAGGGAGAGAGGGAAGCACUUUUUUCCAGCAUUCAAACUGUGAUUGGUUCCACAUUGCUGCUGCUACUGCAGCUUCCUCAUUUGGCGCCGCUCCCAGUGCAUUGUGGGAUUGAGAUUUCCCAGUGGUGAGAAUCAAACUCCAUCUGCUGAGCUGACACACACACUCAGAACCAUUGGAAGCAGUACAUCCAGGCACAGGCUUAUCCAAACAAGCACACAGCAAACAAACAUGUCUGUCGCUCAUGCAGGAAUACUCACACACGUACACACGUACAAAUACAAACACACACCGCGCCAUAAUGCCAUCUCCACUGUGAUUAACGCAUUUUAGCUGUUAGGAUGAAGAGUCUUAUCUGAAAAGUUUGGGCUAAAAUCCUUAACCACAAGUCAUCGCUGUAUGUGUAUGUCGUCGCUUUGAAUACUGCCACUGAGCAUUCAGCAUUCGUUAUUAUCUGCCGUAUGUGAAGCAAUAGUAUCACUGUGGUAGCUAAUUCAGCCAGUGGCACAGAGUCACACAUUCGGAAUAGGAGCAGAACCCAAGACCGCGAAAGUGUACAAAGGAAAACUAUACCAGCUUCAAGUUACCCAUGUAUCAGGAAUUCAACAUUUCUCUGUCUGCAUGUGUAAAAAUGUUUCAUGAAGACAUCA